CGGAGCGGGCCUGACCGGAAGGCGGCGGCGGUUCCGGUGGCGGCGAUGAGCUUCGCGUGGCCCUGGCAGUACAGCUUCCCGCCCUUCUUCACGCUGCAGCCCAACGGCGAGACGCGGCAGAAGCAGCUCGCGGCGUGGUGCGCACUGGCGCUCGCCUACAGUCAGCGGCACCGGCUGCCCGCCAUGACGGUGCGGGAGGCCCAGGACAGCCCGCUCUUCGCCAACCGCCGCCUCCAGCGGAAGCUCCCGCUGGAGUCCAUCCAGGUGGUGCUGGAGGAGCUCCGCAAGAACGGGAACCUGGAGUGGUUAGAUAAGAACAAAACCAGCUUUCUGAUCAUGUGGAGGAGACCAGAAGAGUGGGGGAAGCUCAUCUAUCAGUGGGUGUUGAAGAAUGGCUUGACCAACUCUGUGUUCACACUGUAUGAAUUAUCCAGUGGAGAUGAUACAGAGAACGAAGAGUUCCACGGGUUGGAUGAGGCAAUGCUGCUCCGUGCCCUGCAGGCCCUGCAGCAGGAGCACAAGGCUGAAAUUAUCACUCUGGACGAUGGUCGAGGCGUCAAGUUCUUCUGAGGGGGCUGCUCCCCCGGCACCCUGCCCUGGCUGCCCCUGCCCUUCCUGCUGGGAAGGCUCAUUCUCCAAGACUGGUUUCAACCAUGACUGCCAGCAGCUGCACACUGGGGAUUUCUUGGGGCAAGGAGAACCUGAGAAGCCUUCCAAAGACGUUCCUAGAAAUAUUCAGAGAUCCUCUGUCUUUUCUUCCCAUCUAUUGUGUUUGAGAGGAUAAAGCUGCUCUGGGCACUUUGAGAGGUACCACCCAGAAGUGAAAUUAUGGGCCUGCUCCUCUUCCUGCUCCCCGUUCCUAGGAAGGCCUUGGAGCAUCUCUUCAGCUGGUCAAAUGUGGCCUCAAAGGGCUCCUCUGUCCCUGCCGGGCGCUGUCCCUGCUGCCCCGUGGGACACCCGGCACGACGAGCUCCCUGCGGCCCGGCUGCACAGUGUGCUGGGGGUGGAAGCCAGUGAACUAAUUUGAAGUAAUUAAAAUGAGGUGUAUUUAUAAAGCA